AUGGCUCCCUACCAUAUCCGCAAAUAUCAGGACCAAGACAGAGAAGCUGUGAUGGACAUGUUCAUUCAGGGACUACUAGGUCACAUUCCUUCUGGCUUCUUCCAUCUACUGAAGAAGCCUAGAAGCUUCUUGCUCCUGCUAGGAGGCCCAGGGGCUCUGUAUUUUGCCUCUGGCUCCCUCCUCCUAUCUCUCCUGGCCUUCCCAGGCAUCUUGGCCUUGCUGUGGCUAGCUGUUAGAUAUCCCUUCAACUGGUAUGUGGACAAUGCUUUACACACUGACAUGCGAGACAUCAGGAAAUCCUAUCUCAGUGACAGAGGAUCUUGUUUCUGGGUGGCAGAGUCAGAGGGUAAGGUGGUGGGCACGGUGUGUGCCUGCCCAGUACAAGGGGUUUCAGAAGGACAGAAACGCCUGGAGCUGCUACAUUUGAGAGUGAGACCGGAGCAGUGGGGCAAGGGCAUCGCCAAAUCACUGACCCAGACGGUGCUCCAGUUUGCACAGGACCAAGGGUAUGAUGUUGUGGGGGUGAAUGUCCUUUGCUAUAAUUACCCAGCUCAAAGAGUAUAUGAGCAGAUGGGCUUCUGGAAAACACAUGUAGCCUUUGAUUCUCUAAAAUGGAGGGUGGUGGCUAUUCCUUUUUUCUACUAUGAAUAUUCAGUCCCUUCUUCACUCUGA